CCUUUGUUGUUGCGAUUGACGUCGAUGUUCAAAAAAUUCCAGCCAUCGAGUGAUAUAGCGGGUCAGACUCCGGUCAAGUCUUCUGUGCAACGAUCUAUUCGGAGCAACGUGCUUUCGCAGUGGAAGAUUGAGCCCGAAACAUUGGAGGCCAUCUGGCCAAAGAAAGAGGGCCUAGUGCACGUAAAAUGUCGCGAGCACGUAUCGAUCUACACACUCCAUGGCGAGCCUCUUAUCUUCCAACAUUUUGAUGGGCCACUAUACCCCACUCUAAGACUGCUCCAUAAAUACCCACACGUGCUGCCCGCGGUCAAAGUCGACCGUGGCGCUAUACGAUUCCUCCUUGCGGGGGCCCACAUGAUGUGUCCUGGCCUUACAUCAGCAGGCGGGUAUCUCCCCCCCGCCAGCGAGGCGUUGCCGGCAGAGACACCUGUAGCGAUACUCGCAGAAGGAAAAACGCAUGCAGUUGGGGUGGGCAUCACGAAGCUGGGCACGGAGGAAAUGAAGUCGAUCAAUAAAGGUGUUGCGGUCGAGACAGUCACGUAUCUGGGAGAUGAUUUGUGGGCGGUACAGUCUUUGUAG